AAUAAAGCAGCUUCCUGUUACGUGGGAGCUCUUUUCAGCAUUGAAGUGACGCUGCCUUCCCAUUUGUGCCGAAUCCUAGCGGAGCAUUCGUGUGUGUAGUGGACUCAUUCAUCUCUCAGCAACAUGCCUGGCCCUGCAGCAAGUUCCGCCAGUGUUGGUGCCUCUGGCCGAUCACCAAGUAAAGCAGUUUCGCCGAGAGCAGCAGGAUCUACUGUGAGACAAAGAAAAACUACGAGCAGUAGUGCAAGAAGUGCUGGGCGGACCACAUCUGCUGGCACAGGAGGCAUGUGGAGAUUCUAUACAGAGGACUCUCCAGGUCUUAAAGUAGGGCCUGUUCCAGUACUGGUGAUGAGUCUACUUUUUAUUGCUUCUGUGUUCAUGCUUCACAUCUGGGGUAAAUACACACGUUCCUAAAUGUCUCCGCUCAAGGCUACUUUGGACCAAAUAAGCUUUGGACUUCUUAAGAGAACUACCAUCUUGCAUUUAAGAGUAGACCUAACUUGUGGUUUUGGCAAACUUUUAAAAUAUCAAUUUUGUAAAUAAAACAAGAACAAAACAGUGUAAAUGUUUUCUUCUAGUUUGUAUGGAAAUACAGUGGCUGCUGUCAUUUUUAAUAUUCUGGAUGAUGUAAAUUCACAAAACUAUUGCAUUAAUUGUCUAUUGGUUGCUAAUAAAAAA